AUGCCAGUGGAGGCAACAGAAAUAAUCCACGAUAACCUUGAGUGGAGUAUACCGAGCACAUUAGUACCAAGGAUCCAGGGACUCUUCCCGAACAUCACAUCCAAACAAGUUCAUUCUGCUUGGUCUUGCAUGAGCCAAAUCCUGUGGAAGAAGGACGAAAAUCAACUCACAUCUGCAAAAUUAUUGCUUGAUGAGCUCGCAGGGGAUGUAGAUAUAUUUGAUAUUGAAGAGGUUGUUGGUGUUGAGCAAGUCUGCUGGGGAAUGAAGAGGAUUGCGAAGUCCCUUCGUAAAAAUAUCAUCGAAAUUGCCCUUGAUGCAACCUAUAACAUGAACUCAAAGCACCUUGAACUAUAUAGUGUCCUUGGCGAGUUUGAUAAUGCUGGAUUUCCACUGUCAUACUACCUGUUAUCCACCGCAACAUCGAUCGAGAUUGGAAAACGCACCACUGCACUGCGGAAGUGGGCACAGUGUCUUCGAGACAAGUAUGGUGUUGUCCCUGCCUUCAUUCAUGUUGACAAGGACAUGGCGGAGAUCACGCUGCCCACCACUGCAAUGCCUGUUCCUGUGCCACCGGAACCAGUGAACGAGGGGGAAAUGGAAUCAGGCGAUGAAGUUGGUGAUGGUGUGGAAGAUGACCUUGUGGAUAUGCUCUGUCAACAGCUCGACAUGAGGACAUUCCAGGAACGCAUGCUCACACAUGUCAAGAACAUCCGUGAUUUCUGUGAUGGCCUUGAGUAUCAAAUUCAAUUUAAUGACUAUAGAAUGCUUACCAUUCUCAAACACAAUGGCUCAUCCUUCCUCCGUCUGGCAGAUAAUUGUCUCAGUCGUGAACAACAAGAAAACUCGUCUUGA